AUGGCAGAUGGCGAUUCUCCAACAACGACCAAUGCUUCUGUUUCACAAUUCUUAUCAACAUUAAUUCCAACUUUAAUUACUGCUGUUGUAUUUGUUACAAUAUUCUUGGCAAUCAGAAAGAAACAAACUAGGGUCUAUGAACCAAAAUCAGUAGUUAAAUCAUUACCUAAAGAUUUACAAACUGAACCAGUUUCAAGUGGUGCUUUUAGUUGGUUAACUAAUUUAUUAAGAAAACCUCAAUCUUAUAUUAUUCAACAUUCAGGAACUGAUGGAUAUUUCUUUUUAAGAUUUUUAUUUGAAUUUUUAUGUGUUUGUUUAAUUGGAGUUAUUGUAACUUGGCCAAUUUUAUUUCCAGUUUAUGCUACUAAUGGUAAUAAUUUAAUUCCGGGUUCAAAAAUUAAAGGAUUCGAUAUUUUAUCAUUUUCAAAUAUUACUAAUAAAUGGAGAGCUUUAGCUUCUGUUUUCUUAUCUUGGAUAUUGUUUGGAUUGGUUAUAUUUUUGAUUUAUCGUGAAUUGGUUUAUUAUGUCACUUAUAGACAUGCAUUACAAACUACUCCAUUGUAUGAUUCUAUGUUGAGUUCAAGAACUUUAUUAUUAACCGAAGUUAAUGUUGAUAUAUUGAAUGAUUCAAAAUUAAAGGAAUUAUUCCCUAGAGCUAAUCAUAUUUGGUAUUCAAGAAAUUAUAAAGAAUUACAAGAUAAAGUUGAAGAUAGAACUAAAUUAAGUAAUAAAUAUGAAGGUGCUUUGAAUAAAGUGAUUAUUAAAGCCGUCAAAUUGAGAAAUAAAUUAUUAAAGAAGAAUAAGCCAGUUCCAGAACCAGAAAAUGAUAUUAAUCAAUAUAUGAAAAAACGUCCAACUCAUAGAUUAAAGUUUUUAAUUGGUGAAAAAGUUGAUACAUUAGAUUAUUGCCCCAAGAAAUUAAAAGAAUUAAAUGAUGAUAUUGAUGGAAUGCAAGCCAAAUUUGAUGAAAAUGAACAAUUACCAGCAGUAUUUAUUGAAUUCCCAACUCAAUUGGAUCUUCAACGUGCAUAUCAAGCACUCCCUUAUAAUUCUGAAUUUAAAUUAUCCAAAUAUUUCACUGGAAUUGCACCCGAUGAUAUCAUUUGGAAAAAUCUUCAAUUAUCAACUUCAAAAAGAUGGGCUAAGAAAUUGAUUGCUACUAGUAUUUUAACUGCCACAAUUAUAUUUUGGUGUAUUCCAGUUGCUGUAGUUGGUUCUAUUUCAAAUAUCAAUUUCUUGAUUGAUAAAGUUCCAUUUUUGAAGUUUAUUGACAAUAUGCCCCAAGCACUCAUGGGUAUUAUCACCGGUUUACUUCCGGUUGUAUUAUUGUCAAUUUUGAUGUCAUUAGUUCCACCAUUUAUCAAGUUUAUGGGGAAAUUUAGUGGAUGUAUUACUGUGCAACAAGUGAAUGAAUAUUGUCAAUCUUGGUAUUUUGCUUUCCAAGUUGUGAAUGUUUUCCUUGCUGUUGCAUUAGGUUCUUCUGCUGCUUCGGUCGUGACUGAAAUUUUACAUGAUGCUCUGAAGGCUUUACAAACUUUAUCGGCAAAAUUCCCUACUUCGGUUAAUUUCUAUUUUGCUUAUUUAUGUUUACAAGGGUUAACUAUAAGUUCUGGAGUGUUGUUACAAUUGGUUACAUUAAUAUUAUCCCAUAUUUUGGGUCGUAUUUUAGAUGGAACUCCAAGAAAGAAAUGGACUAGAUCAAAUACGGUUGGUGAACCUGAUUUUUCAACCUUAUAUCCUGGAUUCCAAUUAUUAACUGUGAUUGCAUUGGCUUAUUCAGUAUUAGCACCCUUGAUUUUGGGUUUUACUUCAAUUGCAUUCCUUUUGUUUUAUUUUACAUUUAUUUAUACUUUGAUUUAUGUAUUACGUCCAAAUGUUCAUGAUAAUCGUGGUAAGAAUUAUGUUAUUUCAUUAUUUCAAUUAUUUACCGGGAUUUUCAUGGCUCAAUUAUGGAUAACUGCAAUUUUUGUAUUUUCCAAGAAUUGGGUUUCAGUUGCCCUUGAAGCGGUUAUAAUUGUUAUUAGUGUCUUGGCUAAAUUUUGGAUCUCGAGGAAAUUUAUGCCAUUGAUCGAUACUGUGCCUAUUUCUGCUAUUAGAUAUGCUAGUGGAGAUUCCAAUUAUUCAUAUCCUAAAGAUCAAGGAUCAGCUGAAAUUAAACAAGUUGGUGAAUCAUAUUGGCAAACCCCUGAUGGUGAAUUGCCAGAAGCAGAAGAAGAACAUAAGGAUCAAGUGAUUCCAAAUAAGAACCUUUCCGAAAAUCCAUUUGGAUAUGAAACCACAACAUUAUCCACCCAUCCUAGAAAAGAUGAAGAAGAUCUGUCAGAUGCAAACAACCCCAAUCACAACCACAACCAUAAUGAGAAAUUGCAAGUUGUUGGAGAAACUCCCAAGAAGACACUUAAUUGGUUUAAGAUUUUUUUCCAACCCCAUCUCCAAACUUUUGAACAAUUACGAAGCAUCUUACCAGAUAGUUAUUUUAACUAUAUAGAAUACAAUGAAGAAUUCUUGGCUCAAGCAUAUGAUGAUCCAAAUGUUUAUGAUAAGAUGGGUAAGAUUUGGAUUGUUAAGGAUCUGUUGGGAUUAGGACAGGUUGAGAAGGAAAAGGCGGCAACUCAUGAUGUGGAGGUUAUUGAUGAUGAUGCUGGACUUGAUGAUAAAGCUGGUAUUGAGGUAAAUGGUCCUCCUCCUGAUAAGGAAGAGGAUAUUAGAAUUUAA